AUGCUCGCCCGCCAUGCCUCCCACCCACGACAGACCCUGAUCACGGCCUUUCUGGCCUGGAAAGGGCUUCUGCUGGCCAUUGCCCUCGGUAGCGCCAUAGCGCCCUCGUACGACACCUCGACGACCCUGAUGCUCCGGCGCAACGAGUCCGACCUAUCGCUAGUAACCCGCCUUACACGCUGGGACGCCAUCUACUUCACCCAAUCAGCCCGACGAGGCUACCUUUUCGAGCAGGAAUGGGCAUUCAAUGCUGUCCUGCCCUCUGCCGCGUCGGCUCUCGCCAGAGGUGCACGCUUUCUGGGCUUCGAAGAUGAUGGCUUCGGCUCGCUGGAAGCGGCCUUCGGCAUCGUCAUGGCACACACGGCCCAUCUCCUCGCCGUGCUGAUGCUGCACCAUCUGACGUUACGCCUCUUCCACCGAAAAUCACUGGCGUUCCUCUCGGCUCUGCUUCACAUCAUCUCUCCGGCGGGCCUCUUCCUGUCGGCGCCCUACGCAGAAAGCUCCUUCGCAUUCCUGACCUUCACCGGCUACCUCAUUCUCAUCUCGGCCUCGGAGAAAACGAGAGGCUCGCUUCCCUGGUCCGCGGCCCAAAUUUCUGCGGGCGCCGUCUUCGGCCUCGCGACAGCCGUCCGCUCGAACGGACUCCUGAAUGGCAUCCCCUUCGCGGCCGAGUGUCUGAUCGUCCUGCACAACCUGCUCGCCAGCCCUAUCACCGUCGUUGGCGUCAAGGACUCCGUCGCGGCUCUGUUGGCGCCUGGCGUCGCGGGCGUCCUCGUGGCGAUGGGGUCCGUCGUCCCGCAGUACCUCGCCUGGUUGCGGUACUGCUCCGGCGCAUCCGAAGCGCGCGUGUGGUGCGGGCGGACCGUGCCCGGUGUUUACUCUUUCGUCCAGGACCACUACUGGGGCGUUGGGUUCCUCCGCUAUUGGACGCCAGGCAACAUUCCGCUUUUUGCCUUGGCCUCUCCGGUGUUGGCUUUGCUGAUCGUGUCGGGGUUGGAUGUGCUCAAGAGGCCUUCGGGGUUGGGGCGGAGUCCGACGGCGGCGACGGCGGAGAAGCACGGCGGGAAGGGUGCUCGGAGGGAUGAUGGCGCCAUGUCGACGAGGGAGAUUGUGGUGCUGUCGCUCGCUGCGUCCCAAGUCCUGCUUGCCGUCUUGGCGAUCACCACGUACCAUGUGCAGAUUAUCACGAGGAUCGCGUCGGGAAACGCCGUGUGGUACUGGUGGGUUGCCGGGUGCCUUUUGGACGACGAGAAGAGGGGCCUCGGGGGCAAGGUUGUGACUUUUUCGGUCAUGUAUGCUCUGAUUCAGGGAGCCUUGUUUGCUUCCUUCCUGCCGCCUGCGUGA